CGAAGGCUUCAUGGCCAGAAAGGCAGAAACCAUACUACAGGUAAAGCCCACGUACCUCAUUUCUACAGGCAUUUUCAGACAAAUAUUAAGAAGAUGGUCUUCUCCUCCAACUCAGACACUAACUUCAACUCUAGCAGAUUACAAACAUCUCAAACAAAGGAGCCUCAUUACCAAUCCAGCCCCGCCCUCCAAGGGCAUUAUAAUAUUUCUUAGGUCAAAAUAGAGUCAUGGAUAUAUCAAUUAAAGAGGCACCAGCCCAAUUAGAAAUCCCAUACACUAAAUUCCAUCUACCAGUUUCAACGCAGCUCUCAAAUGAAGAUGCUCAGAAUCUGAAUUUCAGACUAGGCUAUCUUUUGGCGCUUAAUCAAAAGCAAUCAUAUAUUGGACGAACUGAAAAGCGAAUCGAAGCAUUCGUAAAUCACACUAACCAAUUAGCUCCUCGACAUGACCGCAGCCAGCCUCUUCUCGACCGCCUACCAGUCCAUCUCCUCCCUUCGUCGGGAGGGACCGCCUGAAUCUCCUUUAGGGCUUUGGAGUAGAGGGAGAUCGCCACUUCCCUGGCCUUGGGGAAUACAUCAAGACAAGCCCGACGAUCCACGUCGUCUGUUUCACCUUGGCCAUCAAUGGCCGAACGAUCGCUUGCAGGAAAAUUACAAGAUGGCAUUAGAAUUUUACCCUUGCACGUUCCAGCAGUGUGCUGCUACUCUGCCUUUGACUUGCCGGUGCUUCCUUAGGAUUCAGUUGCAACUUGCAACUUUCCUACCGGCCAGUAGAAUUCCUCGGGGGAGAGGACCAGGUCAUUCUUCAUGCUUUGGCACGAGAACAUCAUCCUCUGUGACCUCGCAUUCAUACUCAUCAGGAACACCCCAGGGAACCCAACUCUGCGUUUACAUUCAAAAGAUGAUGAAGAUCAAUAUUGUCAGUCUCUCUUCAUUUUCACGCUCAUGCAUUCGCAGAAUGAACAACUAGUAGUUUAACGAUAACCAUAUUAGCCAGAGUUUGAGGAAAUCUUCUACUACAACAAAGUGGAGCUGCUUGUAUUGCAAAGAACUGAUAAGGGAAAAGCAAACUAAAUGUGAAACAUUUGAUGAUUUGAUACCAUCAUCAUGCAUAUGAUAGGCUAUUGCACGUCGAGGAUGAAACAGCAAGGUUGUGCCACAUCAACCAGGGAGUAGCACAAACCAACAUAGACCCAGAGACAAGCAGCAUUUUAUAUAUCAAAUAACCAAUCAACUGAAUGACUAAAGCCAUAGAGUUGUUCAUCUUGUUACAUUGUCUCCCUAGUACAUUGUACAUGACAUAAACCAGAUAGGACUCUGGAAUCAAACACAAAACAGUCACAAACUCCAAUUCAGGAUUGUGAAAACAUGAGAGCAAUCCCAAAGUCCUAAACCAAAACUUUCAAUAAGCGUUAGAAAUUGUU